AUGAAGUUUACAUUUUUAGUUGCUAUUGGCUCUUUUAUCGUCUCUGUAUAUUCCAAAGGUGUCAUUCCAAUAGAGUCAAUAAGUCAAUUUUAUGAUAUUGUAGAUAAUGAUAAGGAUGCAUAUACCCUAGUGAAAUAUUUUGCCACUUGGUGCAGUCAUUGCAAAAGAUUAAAGCCCAUAUAUGCCAAAUUGAGUGAGAGUUACGAAGAUAAUGACGUCAAUUUUGUAGAGGUAGAUUGUGAUAAAUUCGGCAAUGUGCUAUGUACUGACAUACCUGGUUUUCCUAUGGUUCAAUUAAUUAAACCAACGAAUGGAGUUACUCAACAAGAGGAAAUUGAAGAAUCUAGAAAAUCGACUUGGGGUAAAAUUAAAAGUAAGUUUUCUGGAAAUCAGAAUAAAGAGGAUGUCAUUGAAGCGGAUAGAAUUGUGACGUACGAAGGGAGCAGAGAUGUAGAAAGCUACAAAAGCUUCAUAACGACAGUUAAAUACAACAGCGAAUUAUCAAAAAUAAUGGAAAAGAUCAUGAAUGAAGAUUAUGAAUGUGGAACGUCCGAAGUUGAGUGUCAGGAGGGCAAAAAAUAUCUCGAUGAAAAUGAACUAGUAAAGGACUUUUCCACACUAGAUAUCAACCUUUCUAACACAGCACAAGAGCGUUCAAGGUUGGAAAAUAUCAUUAGAAAUGCAGAUAUGAAUGAUGAAGAAGUGAAGGAAAAGGUAAAGAUUUUGAGAUUCUACACCAGAUUACUGAAUUAUAUCGAAGAUCUAGCGCAAAAUCAGACACAAGAACACGAUGAAUUGUAG